CAAUAUCUUCAUCACAUUGACAUGGUUGAUGCCCUUGUAACGCAAUCUACUAUCAUUUAUUGUCAAAUGGAAACCUGAGGCUUGGUAUUUCUGACGCUUGUUCCGUGCAUACAGACGCAAAUCUCAAACCAUGAUCGCCGCAUACCAGAAUACAGGACAAGAGCUGGACUUGGUAUCCUAGCCCUACCUGCCAUUCUAUAGACACACCGUGUUCCAUAUCUGACACCCGAAUGAGUUGUACAUCAUGUUAUACGACGCCCAUUGCCAUUUGGAAAUCUCGGACUGCAAUGAGACUAGUGGCUCCCGCCUUCUUGCGUUCAUAGAUAGCCAGCCCAUCCCGGACAAUUUCUUCGGCCUAAUGUCCACUUGCCAGUAUGACAUUGACUUGGUUGAAUUUCUCGGAGACCACUCGGCCAAAGUUGUGCCCUGUUUUGGCGUGCAUCCGUGGUAUUCCCACCUCUUUACGUUCGAUGAAACAGUCGACAAGAAAAUGCACUACUCAGCGGUGUUAUCGCCUGCCCCUUCCGACGAAUUUCUCAGCAUUCUUCCACCUCCAACGCUGUUCAGCUCCUAUUUAACGAAAUUAGAAACGUACCUAGUAAAACACAAAGUGUCGUUCAUGGGUGAAAUUGGCCUUGACAAGGUUUUCAGGGUUCCCUGGGCCGGUUUCUUUGGAAGCAACGCUAGAGUAGAGGGUGUACAAGGAAGGUUUUCCCCAUACAAGGUUGACUUCAACCAUCAGAGACGGAUUCUACAGGAACAGCUCCGUCUCGCUGCUAGUUUAGAGAAACCGGUAUCGGUGCAUUGCGUGAAGGCUCAGGGGGCACUCUACGAGGAGAUCACCGCGCACCAGGAGGUAUACAACCAUAUUCCAUCCGUCUGCUUGCACUCGUACACCGGUUCGUUUGACCAAGCCAUGAUGUGGGUGAAGUUUUUCAAGAAAGAAAGGUUAAACGUGUACUUUUCCCUCUCUCAGGUGAUCAACGGGGUCCGGGAGAACGAAGCGAAAAUGCUCUUGUUCAAGCAGAUUGUGAAACAUAUCCCCCCAGAGUGCCUUUUAAUUGAAACCGACAUGACGUUGAACCAGAUAUCGCUCCCGAGCGCAGAGGCCAGCUCGUCGGCGGACAGUCUAGAGUGCAACUGCCAGUCCGACGCGAGGCUCUCAUUUGCUGGAUACACCCAGCUUCUCGAUCAGGUUUUCGAAAGAAUUUGCGAAACACAAAACUGGGAUCAGUCAACGUGCAGAGGCUACCUCCUAGACAAUUGGAGAGCUUUUCAACAUCAAUAGCAUCGGGUACGUCCGCUAUACAGGCAGCACCAAAGUAAGCACUAUACGUACGUGCGCUGCACAAUCCCCGGCGGCUCAGCUAUAUACCGGAGAAAUAAAAAA